GCAAGUGGCCAGGUCCCUUCCUCCUCUACCAAUUGAAAAUGUGGCGCCUCACAGAGCAUUAACAGCUGGAGAGAUGUUCCUAGUCUACCUCCUGCUGGUCUUCCUCUGCAUCGAGAACAGUCCAGCAGGUUACAGAGGUCGAUCCCAUCACAGGCAGAGGCGCCUGGACUCCCAGAUUAUUGGAGGGAGUGACACUAAGCCAGGCGAUUGGCCCUGGCAGGUCAGCCUUCGGAAAUACAGCACGCACAUCUGCGGAGGCUCCAUCCUCAACACGUGGUGGGUGUUGACAGCAGCUCAUUGUCUGAAAAGGUUCAGGGCAGAGCAGCUCUCAGUGGAGACAGGCUCCAUUGAACUGGGGCACCACAAGGCGCAGGCGUUCAGGGUGGCUGGAGUCAUCAUUCACCAGGACUACGAUCACUCGAGCCUAGACAAUGACAUCGCCAUGGUGGAGCUGCAGACCCCCAUCGCCUUCAGUGAAGACCAGUUGCCUGUUCUGCUUCCCCUCAGCGACCAGUUCGACAUCGAGGACUGGAAACCCUGUUUUGUCAUUGGAUGGGAGAAGAGACCAAUAAUUCUCCAAGAGGUGGAAGUGGAGCUCAUUGACUGGCACAGCUGCCAGAAGUGGGUGAAAGGUCUGACGCGGAACAUGCUGUGCGCUGGCUACGAGGAAGGUGGACGAGAUGCUUGUCAGGGAGACAGCGGGGGUCCGCUGAUGUGCCAAGGCAUGAACUCCGAGUCUUGGAUCCAGGUCGGCAUCGUGAGCUGGGGGACUGGGUGUGGGCAGUCUCGCAGCCCUGGCGUGUACACCCUGCUUGCCAAUUACCUGGACUGGCUGGAGACGAUGGCGGACAAGGCUGGAAAACCCUACAUCCCGGGAAGGGACAUUCCCUCUGAACCUGUGCGACAAGUGGUGGAUGAGAACACCCUGUCCCAGGCUUCAUUCCCCUACCAGGAGCUGACAGCACAAUCUUCCAGCGCCUCCACAACUGACCAUUGCAGCAUCCUCUGCUCGACUGUUACACUGACCUGGGCAAUUCUACGGCCUGAGAUGAAUAAAUAA